AUGCCAUCGAGCAUGGCAUUAUCCGAAACAAGAACGCUAGCGAGCGGGAAUGGCCGCAGCUUGAACGCCGCUCCUCGCUUGUCUGAGAGCAAGACUGUGGAUGACAGACCCAGAAAUGACGAUGUCUUCCUCAACAUCGCGAGGUCUGACUCGGAAUCGGGUCGUAGACAGUCGCUGGGACGGUCGGACUUUCGACGGUCUCGACUAGGCAAUUCCAUUGGAAGUUUACGGUCGCCGACCGCUCGCGACGAAGAAUACACCCCUUCCCCAGAACAUCGCCCCAAUAAGUUUGACCCCUUGCAUUCCCAAAAUGGCUCCUCCUCCCUUCCAUACGGCUCCAUUCCUCCCUCGCCAGCUGCCUCGGCUCAUCCACUGGAUGAUUCAAAUCGCUUUCGCUACUCGAGCUUGACGUCAGGUGCGCGUUCUACCAUUGGCGCGCCUCGAAGCCGACUCGGUCGCAUCAGCCCUGAGACCUCUCCGCGCUCACCAGCUGUGAGCAGGGACCGCGGGUCCCGAGAACGCAGUGCAUCUCUCCAUGAAUCGCGCUUUCACCGUAUCUCUGGAUUAUCUACAGUCAGGAGCAGUCGACAAGCGUCCGCCUCAGAGGCCACGGAACGCGGUCAAGACGACGCGGAGAAAUCGCGGGACGAAUCCGGAUCCAAUCUGUCGACCACGGCGCCCUCUACGGUCUGGGAUCAAUUAGAUGACUUGAAAUCUCGUAUUCGUAAAUUGGAGGUAACGGGGAAACUACCCCCGUCAUCCCAAGCAGCAAUCUUGGGGAACGAACGACCCCGAACUGCGGCCACCACGGUGACAGCGAUGUCCACCUCUCCCAGACACCACCGCAAGGCCAGCAAUCCUUCCAUGGAGAUAGAAUCCGUACAGAACCAGGUGCAUCCUAUUCUGCAGUCGGCAUUGGCCAAGGCCAAGAUGGUCCUGAGCAAUGACGUGUACGCGGCACUCGAGGUGACCAUUACGGAUGCUUUGGCUCUUUCUACCGUGUUGGGUGCCAAUGCAGCUCCAUCGGGCUCUGUCUCGGUCGUCAAUGGAGGGUACAGUUCACCCGAGCGUCAUGCGCGCCGCAAGGCCGACAGUGUAUGCCGGAGCCUGACUGAACUCUGCCUGGCUUUGACGGAUGCGGAGCUCAAAAGAUGUCGACCGUCCUCGAGCCAAGGCCCGGCCUCGCAGCCACGAGUGAAUGGUAGCGAUGUUGACUCUCUGAGACCGACAUCAUCGUACCGAGCCACCAGUCAUGAACCGGAAAGUGUCGAGCGUCGCCCUAGUACCAACCGCAUUUCGAGUCGUCUUGAGGCGCGCAGAGCAUCAGUGGCCAACCCCAGUCCAUCUACUGAGCCCAAACCAGCCCAGUCGCCCAAUCUACCUACUCCACCAAGCCGCCUUCACCGCAUUUCUACCUCUCUCCGCAAUCGCAGGGUACCUACCGAGGAAUUCGUGGAGACCCCGAACCCGAACAGUCGCUCCCUCUCCCGCGCUGUGACUGAGGUUGCUACACCGAGCCCUGCUCAAAGUGUAUCCCCACGACAACGAUUCUCUUAUGGCCCCUCGACCACUCGUUCAAUCUCCACUGUGAAGCCAGACCAGGGCCUUGGGAUCUCGCCUCGCUCCCCACAGUACCCACCCUCGACUCCGCAAGCCCCGGCAUCGCAACCUCGGACCCCCUCUACGUUAUCCCAAUCCGGCAUACCAUCUCACACUGCCAUGUCAUCUCAAUCUGGCAUCCCAUUCCGCCGCAGCUACAUGACGCCUGGUGUUUACUCCCCCGCAACGUCACGCUCCAAUAUCCAGGCCGGAUCCCGUCGAUACGGUCUUUCACCUGGAAUUGAAGAAAACCCUCGACCCCAGCUGGAGCCAUCUCAGACUCGCAUUAGUGUGCCGUCUGGCAAAUCAGUCACAAGCUAUACCCCCAUCCAACAGCCCCGCCUCCGAACCAACAGCCUGGGCAGUCGCAAAUUUGCCCUCAGACGCCGUUCCGCAGUUAUGCCCGAUGACGCCUUCAACCUCGACGACAGCAUUGACUAG